AAUAAUUGUGUGUAGGUAAUAUGUAAUAAAGAAGAAAAAGCAUAGUCUGCGGCGAGUUUAGGAGCGGGAAGAGGCCAAUGGCCCCUAUCUGCCGUGAUCCUUUCUGGUUGCUGACCGCUCUGGGAACAGUGAUCUUGAACUGUCAGGCUUUUUCGUCAGAGUCCCCCAAGCUUUGGUACAAUUUAACUGCAGUCUUCCACACCGAACUGAAACAGUUCUCAUAUGUGAUUCAUGGCUACUUAAAUAACAGGAAAUUCUUGUCCUUUGAUGUCAAGAGUCAAAAUGUGGAUUCGAAGUCAUUGGAGAAGGUAAAUAUUGAGUAUCUCAUAGAGAAGGAGAAAGAGCUGGAAGAAAUCCUUUGGAUUAUUGAUGAAAAGAGUGACGAGAAAGAAAGGUCUCGCACUCUACAGGUUAUUCUGGGCUGUCAGCUCCAAAUGGAUGGCAAUGUAAGGGGCUUCUGGAACUACAGAUAUAAUGGACAGGACCUGCUCAGUUUAUCCCUGGAAAACCUGACCUGGACAGGAGCCAGUCCUGAGGCCCAGGAAGUCAAGAAAACUUUGGAGAAAAACAAGUCCCAUCUGAAUAUCCGGGCCUAUGUUCUUGGGGACUGUUGCGCUUAUCUCAGGAAUUACCAGAGGGAGAAUCCAGAGGAGACAGAGAUGGCAACACCUGCCUUACAUCUACCUGAUCCUACAAUGUCUGGGAGCAUGUUCACUGGUGCCAACAGUACUGUAAUUAUCAUCUCCAUCAUAAGUCUUGCGAUUAUCAGGUAUGGGGAAUCAUUAGAUGGGGCAAGGAGAUAUUGCAGUGGAGACUGGAGUGCUUUUCUAGACCCUUACAUGUGAAACUCCCUUGGUCCUUUUUAGCCCAUCUAUCUCUUUCUGACUCAGACUUCUCAUUUCUAUGUGAAGAAUAUAAAAGUCCGUUCUCCAGUGUUUACUAUUUUAAACACCAUGUUCCUCUUCCCCUUGGCCAUAUUUCCUUAAUAAAUUAA